CUUGGAAUUUUGCGUUUAAACAUUAAUUAAUUUAGAGAUUAAUUUUGAUUAAGUGGGCUAGUAAAAUAUGAGCUCUCACUUUAAUUAACGCAGAGUGCGAUACUUUGUCGUGUUGUAAGUUUUGUGAAGUUUGUUCUGUGCCACCUUCUCAUCUAAUAUCUUCAGCAUUGAUCGUGCCAAGGAAGUGAAGAUUUAUCGCCGCGUCUUCUGGUAAUGAGUUUGCAAAUCGAAGUCGUCGGUAUAUUGCGCAUCUGUCUGUGGGUGGGUGGCGUUCCGCGUGCUACCGGCGUCGCGACGCGAAGGCAAACGUAUCGACCUGACGCAUGCACUGCGUCAGUAGUGUGUCUUCGACUCUCGCAAGUUCUAGCAGCGGGAUGCUGUGCUCUCAGCAGCAUGGAGCUGCCUCGAAUAGCUUCUCAAACUUCAAUCUGUCCUCCCAGCAUCCAACUGUUGACGGAGUACAGCAAACCUCGAACUCCCGUCAGCAAAAUGUUGCUCAAUUCUUCCAAACAGCCAGCUGAACCGCAAUUUGCUGUACUUCCUUGUGCACCAGCUUAUCAGCCUAGUCGCAAGCGCGAGGAAGCACGUGCUCUGCAAAAUCUGAGGAAAAGACUGCAAGCUGUACGAGUUCUUCAAGCUAAUAAACCGGAACCUAUAGAAGCGUCUUGUGCCAAUAAUAAUCUUAGCCAAGAGGAUUUAGAUAAUAGAGCUUAUCUUCUCCAAAAGAUUUUGACCCACAGACCUGUGAGUAUGGUUUUGGAUGUGUCUGACCUGACGACCGCCUGGAAAGAUAGCGAUUUUAUAACGGAUUGUCUUUGUUGGCAUAAUGUCUACAGACAAAGGCACGGAUCUCCAGCUUUAUCUAUGUCGUCGGAGCUGUGCUACCUUGCACAGACUUGGGCCAACCAUCUCGCCCACACGAACCGCUUUUACUACCGCACCGACAAAGACAUCGGCCAAAAUUUAUUCUGUCGUCCUUCGAACGUCUUGGUUAAUGACGUCACAGGACAAGAAGUCGCAACUUAUUGGUAUCGUGCCGUUCGUCAGUACGAUUUCAGAAAAGAGCCGGACAUUCUGCAUGCAAAUGUCAAUGCAGGCCACUUCACGCAGCUGGUUUGGUCAUCUUCGCGUUAUUUCGGCAUAGGCAAGGCCCGCUCGAGGUCUGGCAAGAUCGUCGUUGUUGCUCAUUACGCUCCUGCGGGAAAUAUUUCAGGAGCUUACCUAGAAAACGUGCUUCCUCCGUCAGCCGAAUAUUUCACGUUGCCUCCGAUGCCUCCGAAUCGAUAUCUGGUGUCUAGCGAAGGCUCCACCACGGACUCGGCCAGGAGCUUCUCGGAAAGCACUUGAUUUCAAAGUGAAAGCAGUUUUUUUUCUGAGAAGCAAGUAAGCGGAAAAUAGAGUAAUUCCUACUGGAGCAAGUAGAAUAAUGUGUCACUUACUAUUCUAACCAGUGGAGUUUACUGUAAUUUCCUGUUACCCAUUUGCUCAUGAGUGCCUAUUUUCGUAAUUACAUUGCAUAAAAGGUAGUUGAUGUUGUAGCCAACUUACCGUGAAAUUUAUCAACGACCUAAAAACGUAUUAAUUCGAAAACACUAAGGGGUAAACCUCACAAUCAAACCGCAGAGGAUUACGGGUACAAAAUUGGGGAAAUCAAAGAAACCGUGAGGAAAUCAUGAGGAAAUUAAAUAAAAUCAGGAGGAAAUCAAUGCAGUCAGAAGAAAUCAAAGCAAAAAAGAAAAUCUGGUGUAGAGGGUGAUUCAAAAGUAUCGGGCCAUUUCUUGGGUGGUGAUAAAAAACAUCCAAUUGAGUUUAAAGUUUCCAUGAAUUUUUUUUUGAGAUAUAGUCUUCACUAGUUAGAUUUUGGAUUAACUUAUUGCCCAACAAUAAAUUAAAUCCGACAACAUCGGAAACAAAACAGUUAAAAUGUCUACAUGAUAAUAUGGAAAUUGACUGUUCCGUUUUUUCUCCAAAAAUGACUUGAAAAAUUGCGUUCAUUUUUAUGCUUAGCAUAUUCGAGAGUUGGCCCGACUUUUUUGAAUCACCCUGUAUUAAUAAAAUCCGAGAAAUCAUGAGUAAAUCAGAGAAAAAUAUGAGGAAAUCAGGGAAAAUAAUUAAAAAAGUGGAUGCAAAUAGUUUUUUUGUUCCUUUAUUUUUCAAAUUAGGGGAAAUGUUGAGGAAUUUAGAGAAAAUCAGAGGAAACAAUGGGAAAUCAUUAUUCUUUAGCUUUUUUUGAUAAUUUUUUGGCAAUCAACGCAAUCAAAACAAUGAAAAAUUGGGUGUACAAAAAGUGAGAGAAAAACAGAAAAAAUCAUGAGAAAAACAGGUGAAAUAAUUAAAAAUGUGCAUGCGAGAUAUUUUUUGUUCAUUUUUUGGAAUCAGAGUAAAUUAGAGGAAAUCAUAGGAAAAUCAACGAAAUUCAAGGGAAAUCAGAACAAAAAAAAUAAAUCUGGCAUACAAAAAUUUUGGUUUAAGUGUUCAAAAUUUUCGAAGUCAAAGGAAAUCAGGGGAAAUCAUAAGAAAAUUAACGCAAUCAGAGAUCUAAGCAAAAAAGAAAAUUUGGUGUACAAAAUUUGGGUUGCGGUUUACCCCCCGAAUACACACAUCAGCAAUUAUGGUUUUUACAUUUCCAGUAUUGACAAUCAUAUUGUCAAAAUGCGAAGAUAUUAACAUUUUUACAACAAACGGUAAAUACGUAACAUAUAAAAAAGCUUUAUAGCUUUAGACUGUUCUAUGCUUAUGAGUAAUUAUAUUUAUAAUCAAGACAACAUAAUUAUAGCAAAACUAUAUUAGUUUUAAAUUUAACUAUUUAGUCAUAAUUGCUGAAAAACUGUUGAAAUUGUAAUUAAAUCACACUUAUUUUAUUAAUAUACAAAAAAUGUAUAGCAAACAAAAGACUAACUAAAGUUCCAUUUUUUACUUAAAAAAUUCUAAAUUAUUAUUCGCCCAUUUUUUACGUACGAGUAUAAUCUCGCUCCAGUUUGAAGACUUUUGUUUUUUUAAUUCAAAAAAGUCGUGUUUUUAAAAUUCGUAGCAGUUUAUUUCUUAUUUCAAUUAAAAAAGGUUCUUUGUGUAUCAUGCCGAUAGCUGAUAGGUGCCAAAACAAUAUACUGAAUAAAAUUGCUUAAAAAUAUCUUACAUAAGGAAACUUUUUUAAUUCUUGCAUCAUUAUAAAGCAUUAGUAGGCUUUUUAAAAGUUACUUCUUAACUAUCAAACUAUAAUCCUAAGCUCUAUUGCUGUGCGCGUACUCAAGUAUAAAUCAAAGAACAAUCUUCUGAAGUAAUCUAUCGAACAAUCAGAGCUAAUUAAAAACGUCCAACUUGUUAGAUGCUACGAAUACUUCGAAUAGUUGUGUAGAUUUUACACGAAACUUUCUGCACUAUUUCUAUUAAACUUUUGCACAGCGCUCUUUGCACCACUACCUAGGUACUAAAAUUAAGCUAAACCGCUAUGGUCUUUAUCUUAGAAAGAUUUUAAAUUUUUUCUGUUUCAAAAAUUAAAAAUUUGAUUCGUAGACAUAAUGUAAUGCGUAGAUACAUAUCAUUUAAAACUAUUAUAUUUUUUGUUCCAUAUAGUCUUCCUUAAACAAAGUAAAGAAUUUAUUUUGUAUUACAUUUUAUUUGUGAUAGUGUUAGAUAUACGGUAAUCAGUGUUGCUCAUAAUCAAAAUAUAAUCCCCUCCCAAAGCAUGUGCCUAAUAAAAUGAUGCUUUGCUGAAAUCAAUUACGGUUGUGAAAGUAGUUUUAGACAUUUAUAUGUUAUCGAAUUCACGUAAUAUUGCAGUUAGAUGAAAACGUUAGCUACUGAUCAGAUUAAAUUGUGUUAAUUUAAAAAUAGAAAUACAAUAUAACUAAUAUAAAAAAAUAAAUAAAAAACCUAAAGCGUCGUGUUUUUUUUGUAAAGGAUAGUCCACAAUUCACAACAGAAAGAAUAAAAAUAAACUGUACACAAAAUUGUAAAGCAUAUUAUCCAAGGUAACAUUACUGCAUAAAAAAAAGUUUAAAUUUCUAGUGUUUGGUUGAUAUUUUUUUGGCAUAAUAAACACGUAGCACACACACUGUAUGAAGUAGGCUGUGAAUAAUGUGUAUUGUUGUUGUUCGUUACUACUAGACAGAAAGGGAUGUUAUUGUGAUAGUAAAUGUUAUAUUUUUUUUUGCGCGAUUAGACGCUAUUAGAUUGGUUACUACGCCUGUUUCCAAGUCUGUAAGUUGUAUUUACUUAUUGCUAUCCCAAAUUGGUCGGUAAUUAUUUUGUUUAUUGUAGCUAAGUCGGUAAGCAUUUAAAAAUGUUCUAGAACACCAAAAUAUUUUGGUGUUGUAGAACAUUUGUUACAUAUUUUAUUUAAAAAACUAACAAAAAUCAAUCGCGCAAAAAAUGUAAGCAUCAUGAACGUUAAGGACUUACCGAUCUGAGACAAUAACAAGUGUCUUCGAUCGGUAUAAUGUCCUUACUGUUCUUGAUGCUUAAUAUACUAUUAAGUUCAAAUAGAUUAUUGUGAACCUUAUAAGUAUGUAUUAUGUAGAUCUGCAAGUCUUUUUUUUUCAAAAUAUGCACCUAUGAUAUGUUUCAAAAUGCUAUACAAUCUAUUGUUGAAUUAUUGUUUGUUCCACAGUAAACGUCAUUCCUUUGAACAAAUUUCCAUUAUUUUAAAACAUUACGAAAAUUUAAAUAAAAUUAAUUUCAGCUUGUUCUGUGUAGUUGACUUGUACCUACUACUUGUAACACCAACAUGAUUAGUGUUGUUAUUGGCGUUAUUAGUGUAAAUGGUGUGUUUGUUGUUAAUAAAGAAAUUUAA